CCAAGAUGACACAAGACGCCCCAAGACUGCCCUUCAAACAGUCCGUAGCCAUUUUGGCUCAAGCCGUUUUGGCUCAAGUUGUCUUAGUUCAUGCCGUCGCGAAGGCAAAGGCGCUGGUUCGGUAUGUCAUAAUGAAGCCUUCUGGUUUACAGUGCGACACAGGUUUGGAAGUCGAAGCCAGAGAGGGUGAUCUGCUAAUCGGUCGUUCGCUUGAACCGAACGAAGCGCCAUAACCGAGCGCAGCAUUGGAGCGCCGAUCACCGAAAAGUAGUGUUAGCAGCACGGGCAUCAGCAGUAACAGCACGAGUACCAUCAGUUUGAGCAGCAUUGACCUGAAGCCGCACAAUAGUUUGAGCAGCUUGAAGGGCGAAUGGUUUGCCCAGGAAGAGUAUCAGCCCCUGAUGGAGAGUAUCGUGUCGAUUGAAAACUGUGUCGGGUUAUUAUGGUGGCGAGGGAUCGCGCGGACGGUUGCGUUCGUGACAUUGAAAGUUUUUGUGUUGACGUGCGUUUCAAUUUCGGUUCUCUUUCUCCUUCAAGGGGUUCUAGAAACCAGCGGUUUCAAAUAUGAUCAUAGUGCCACUUGUUGGCCACCAGUUGUUCUAUGGCGCGAACAUCCUUGCGAUCAAUUUCAACUUCAUGCCGUACUCCACGGCCGGUAGUUGGCACCGUCCUCGGAUUGGGUACGAGAUCAUUGCCACAAUUACGUGGUCGAUCAUUGUGUACCUCGCUGUGCGUACGCACACCAAUGACAACCGUUGGCGAGGGUACGGCGUCGACUUGCGGUGUUGCGCCAUUGUAUGCCUUUUUGCUGCCUGGUUCAACAGUUUCGUGUUCACCGUGGCAGCGCGUCACCUGGAGCCUAGUGUUCGGGCGCCCGUGGCUGUCACAGGAAGCAAGAGAGCGACCGCGGCAACCUCGGUCCUCAUCGGACCCAUGUGCCUGCUCUUCCUCGCGGCGGUUUCGCGGGAUCCAUCGAAGGACAUGCCUCCGCACUCUCGAGGUACAGCUGUCUCUUCGCCAUUGCAGUCGCCAAGGUCGGCGUCAGCACACUGCAGGAGAGGAUGAAGUACAACGAGGUCAAGGCAUUGGUUGAUGCGAACGGGUGGCUACAGCAUUCUACGCAGGAGACUACUUGCGAAACGUACGAUAAUGUGUAUUUUGGUUUUGAUUUUGUCUUGAUGGUCGCCGACAAGAUUGUCAUCACGACUGUUCCGAGCUUCUGGGCUGUACUAAGUGCAUCGGUCUUCUAGGUAUUUGUCGAGGUAGUGCAAACCAAAGUUACCGAGUACCUGGCUAUGGCAGCAGUCGACAAAGUUAUGAAGGGCCAAAACGGGGUAGCUAUUUUCGUUAGCAAGAUGAAGCUGUCACUGAAGAUAGUGAAAUACUUGUCCGACAUGGUGUUGGAGUGUUUUGCAUUGGGGAGUGGUCGUGGGGGGCGUUGUGUUCGAGGGUUCGUGACUGGCUUUAGGAGUUUUACUCUAUGCUUUGGUUUCCAGAUACUGGCAGCACAAGUUGUACCAGAGAUACUCGUUGAUACCCUGAGCUUGUAUAUUGUGUCUAGGCGUAUCAACGUGUUCCCUAUAUUCUACGCGGUCCACGGCGAUAUACUCUCUUAGCUGUGAAGUGCGUGACCGUUGUGUCAAAGAUGAUGUACGUGGCGUUGGCUGCCGCAGUUGGCCGCCAUUGAAUUGGCCACGCUUCUCGCCGGGCACGCUUUUUUGUUGAGGUCCAGACGGAUUGCAGUAGACACAAACGAUGAUCGAAAUUGCACCUUGAGGUGCCACUAUAGGUCGCCACUGUAUGAGCAAGAAAUAA